UUAUUACUGUUCAUCUUUGAUGCAUAUGCUUGUGCUAAUGUGAAUGGGGGUUUGGGACUGGUCGGCAUACGGAAAACCUUUUUGUUUGUUUUAUUCUGUACAUCUUUAUUUUUGUCCGAUUCUAGAUACAGGUGUUUGUGAGGCUGUGAACCAUUUUUUCUUUUGUAUGAAUGGAAAUAAAAACCUUUUACUUGGAAUUGCGCCUCCUUCUCUUCAUUAUGAACCGUCGGGACUUGUGUUUGUAGAGUUUGGGUUUUCAGCAGCUCUGGUAUUUUUGCCGCGAGCUUCAAACCCCUCAAAGGGGGCGGAGCCAGCGUCCGUGAUAAAAUCGGAGCCGUCGCCCCUGAAGGAUGGAGUCGGGCCGGCAGCUGCCUCCGUCUUUGACACCAUGAGGGCGGCUGCGGGACGGCGGUGUGCGCUGCGCAUGUCCCGUGGCGAGGCGCCUUUCUCCGGACGCGCCGGGACGGCGGCGUGGGUCCUGGCCGCGGCCGUUCUCAUCACUGCGAGCGGAGCGCCGCUGGGGCUCGACCCGCAGGAGUUUCUGGAAAAGUACGGCUACCUCCAUAAUGACCACCACAUCCACAACACGGCAGAGGCGCGGUCAGCCAUCCGAGAUUUCCAGUGGCUGUCCCAUCUGCCCAUCACGGGAGAGCUCGACGGCGCCACCCUGAGGCAGAUGGCCGAGCCCCGCUGUGGCGUGUCGGAUGAGGGCAGCCAGCGGAUUUGGUCACAGAGAGUAAAGGUCAUCUUUACCGGAGGCAGACGACCGCAGCAUCGCGGCAGGCGCUCAGCCUCACAAGGUGAGAAGUGGUCCAAGCGACAUUUGACCUACCAGGUGGUGAACUGGCCUCAACACCUGUCCCGGGGCUCUGUGCGUCUGGCGGUGCAGGCCGCCUUCCAGCUGUGGAGCAACGUGUCGGGCCUGGUCUUCCAGGAGGCCCCCGAGGGCCCGGCUGACAUCCGGCUGACCUUUUACGAAGGCGACCACAACGACGGUGCCAGCAAUGCUUUUGACGGGCCAGGGGGUACCCUGGCGCACGCCUUCCUGCCUCGCAGAGGCGAAGCCCACUUUGACAUGGCCGAGAGGUGGACACUGAACGGACACAAGGGCCACAACCUGUUCAUGGUGACGGCGCAUGAGGUCGGACACACCCUGGGGCUGGAGCACUCGCCAGUGCGGCACGCCCUCAUGUCCCCGUACUACAGGAAACUGGGCCGCAGCCUGGUUCUGAGCUGGGACGACAUCGUGGCAGUGCAGCAGCUGUACGGUAAGCCACUGAGCAAUCGGCCUGUGAGGUUGCCAGGUCAGGUGUUGCACGCUGCGCUGCAGCAGUGGGAGCUUGCAGAGCUGCAGAGCCAGAGUCAAACGGCGGGUCUACCUCUGUACUGCCAGGGAGUCUUUGAUGCAAUCACUAUGGACCAGAAUGAGACGGUGCUGGUGUUUCGCGGCAGCGUGUACUGGACGGUCUCAGCUGACGGCGGCGUUAGCAGCCCGCUGCCGCUCCGCCAACGCUGGCCCGGCCUGCCACAGGCCAUUGAGGCAGCCGCUUUCUCCCCGCUGGACUCCAAAUGGUAUUUCUUCAAAGGGAGGAGGACGUGGCGAUUUACAGGGAGCGUUUUGGACCCCACCUUCCCCAGGAUGAGUAGUGACCUGGGUCUGCCCCGCCACCCAGACUGCGCCUUCUAUUACGCUCCUCUGGGCCACAUGGUGCUCUUCAAGCGCUCUCGCUACUUUGUCUUCAACCUCAAACUUCUUCGCCAGGAGCCCUACUACCCCCGCAGACUCACCGAUUGGACCGGCGUGCCGCCGGGGACCAAUGGGGCUCUGACCCGGCCUGACGGGCGCCUUUACCUGUUUAAAGACAGGCAGUUCUGGAGGUUUGACCCAGGGAAGCUUCAGGUGACCAGAGACGGGCAGUGGGCCGAAGAUCUGAGCUGGACUGGCUGCUCCAACAUUCCUCAGAGCAAUAACAUCCUUUGACCACUAGAGGGAGCUGGUCAAAUCAAAGUGCAAUUUGUGUGAACCUGCAGUUUAUCUAGGUGUAGACUUUAUUGGAAAAUGUUGAAGCACUUACACUAUUUAUGCUGUUGAAUGGAUGUAGUACGUUGAUGUUUAUGUGUAAUUACAGCCUCAUUAAUGCUCUGGUGCUGUUGAUGUAACCAAAGAAAAUCAUUUGGAGCUUUCUUUUUUUUACAGCACAGCUCGUGUUUUAUUUCCCGUUACAGGAAUUACUUUCUGUUCUGAAAUAUUGAUCCUUAUGAUCUGUACAAUCAUUGCAUUUUUUUCAUUUCUUACAUCUAAAAACCUUGAAUG